AUGUGUUACUUGCAAAAGAUUCAGCAAAGAUUUUCUCCUGGAGACCAGAUGGUAGCUCCAUUACCAGCUUUUCGAGUGCAACAAUCAGCCCCAUUUACAGUAAUUGGAAUCGAUUAUGCUGGUCCGUUAUUUGUGAAAGAUAGUAAAAACAAACAAUAUAUUCUAUUGAUAAACUGUGCGGUUACAAGAAGUGUUCAUCUGGAACUAAUCAGUAAUAUGACGGCAGAUACAUUUUUGCUUGCCUUCCGACGCUUUGUAUCUCAAAGAGGCUUGUGUUCUGUGAUCUUUCCUGACAAUGCGCGUACUUUCAAACGUGCUGAACUUGAGCUGAAACAAAUUUGGUCAGUAAUGAAUCAUCCAGAAGUAAAAAACUUUUACGCUGCCAACGGAAUUAAAUGGAAGUACGAGUAUAUUGUGGAAAGAGCAGCCUGUUGGGGAGGCUUUUAUGAACGCAUCGUGCGUUCCGUGAAAGUCGCCCUACGGAAAAUCCUUGUAAAGUCAUCUCUGACCACUGAGCAGUUGCAAACUGUUCUUAUCGAAAUUGAAGGUAUGAUUAACUCUCGGCCAAUUUCCUAUGCUGGAAAGUGA